AUGGUCGUACCUAGACGCACAUUACAGAUCGCCAUUCCUACACGGAUGAACAAUCAAAAGGGAUUUUUAAAAACAGCCUUCACAUCUGCUCUGCUAAUAUACCCACUAAACUUAGAUGCAAUACCAGACAGCUACGUUGCACCGAUAAUUUAUCUUUUUCUAAUAUCUCUCAUUAACACAACACUCUUCAUGGGAAAACUUGCAGGAUCAGCUUUACUGAAAGACAAUAUUCAACACGCCUUGAUAGCUUUCAGUUACAGCCUUGUUAUGACAUUUAUUGCAGAGUGUCUUCUCUGUUUUCUGUUUUCAUUUUUUAGUUCAAAAAUCAUCAGUCAAGAACACACGUCGAAGCAGUUUGGACUGAAUGCAAGCUCAUUCACAUACAUCCCUGUCGCGCUUCUCCUAACACUGAUUGAACCUCAGAUAUUAGGAUGGAUAGGGUCUUUUGGUGCAGUACUUCUGAUGUCGUACUAUCUCCAAGCCACAUAUUCUACCUACUUUCCUUAUACUUCGCAGCGAAUUCAGGUAAUCCAUCAAAUAUACAUCUUCUUGAUAUACUAUUUAGUGGUAUUUGCAUCCUUAAUCAUUCCCGGGAAGGUAUUUGAGCAUAUCCUGAAACAAGACCAGUAA